UGCUGCUGAGCUCCCUCCCUCCGCGGGCAGGUCUCUGCUUUCAGCGCAUUCCUCACCGAGGCACCGAAACACCGAAAUACACCGAAAUAACCUGAAAAACGGGCUCCGGGCCGCCUGGGACCGCAGCGGACCGCAGCUCCACCUGAAGCGGGCUCCGGAGCGGCUGGUCGGGUCGCGCUGGCCGCAGAUUGAGGACUGAAAGCGGAGUUUUGUGGCUGUUUGCCUCCUCCUCUCCGUGGUAUGUGGAUCUGGGAGCGACCAUGUUAUUAGGCAGGUGAUAACAGACGCCGGCUGAUCUAUCCCAGCGUGGAGAGUCCAGGAUAGAAGAACACAGCAUUCACCGCAACAUGAGGGUGGAAGAGCCUCUGCACCACUGACACCCACAACUGGAAUGAUAUCCUGACUUCUUUCUUGAGCGUAACCGAGUUAGCGAUGAGCGGGGGGAUAUAAUGGCCAAGAACAAGGAUGCUCGACCCCCGACAUUCGCCGUCAGCGUGGUUGGCCUCUCGGGGACGGAGAAGGAGAAAGGAAACUGCGGUGUCGGCAAGUCCUGCCUGUGCAACCGAUAUGUGCGUCCAGAUGCCGACAACUACUACUCGGAGCACACCUCGGUGCUCAGCACAAUAGACUUUGGUGGACGUGUGGUUAACAAUGACCACUUCCUGUACUGGGGGGAGGUAUCCCAUCGAGGGGACGAGGGAUUGGACUGUAAGAUCCAAGUCAUCGAACAAACGGAGUUCAUCGACGACCAGACGUUUCUCCCUCAUCGGAGCACCAACCUGCAGCCGUACACCAAGCGAGCGGCGGCCACCAAGCUGCAGUCGGCGGAGAAGCUGAUGUACAUCUGCACGGACCAGCUGGGCUUGGAGCAGGACUUUGACCAGAAGCAGAUGCCCGAUGGGAAGCUGAACAUCGAUGGCUUCAUGCUCUGCAUCGAUGUCAGCAAAGGCUGCAAUCGGAAGUUUGAUGACCAAAUGAAAUUCGUCAACAGCCUGUACUCUCAGAUCGUUAAGUCCAAGAAGCCCAUUGUCGUCGCUGCCACAAAAUGCGACGAGUGCGUGGACCAGCACCUGAGGGACCUGCAGGCCUUCGUCGCCAGCAAGAAGAACCUGAUGUUGAUCGAGACGUCAGCGCGCUCCAACGUCAACAUAGAGCUCUGCUUCAACGCCCUCAUCCAGCAGCUGGACAAAACGAGAGGGAAGCCAAAAACUGUGCCAUACCUGGAGGCCUACAAAGUCCAGCGGCAGCUCGUCGCGUCGGUGACAGAUCGAUUCGAGAAGCUGAUGGUACAUACUGUCAGAGAUUAUCACACUACGUGGAAAACUGUGAUCAAUAGUCUGAAGGGCCAGCCGGACUACGACGAGUUCAUCACCAUGGAGGGCUCCAGGAAGGCUCGGAACAUGUUCACAAAGCACAUUGCACAAUUGAAGCAGGAGCACAUCCGGAGGAGGAGGGAGGAGUACCUGACCACGCUGCCAAAAACACUCAACAACCUCCUCAACAACCUGGACGAGGUAGAACAUCUGUCCUGGCCUGAGGCACAGAGCGUGAUCCGGAACCGGCCCGAUUUCCAGUACUGGUUCGUGAUGCUGGAACAAACGCCGUGGGACGAGACAGACCACAUCGAUAACAGUGACCGCAGGAUACCCUUCGACCUCCUCGACACGCCUGAUGGGGAGAGGAUUUACCACAGCCAUGUCCAGCACCUGCUGUCGGAGAAGAGGAGGGUGGAGAUGAAGGAGAGGUUCAAGAAGACGCUGGAGAGGGUUCACUUUAUCAGCCCAGGGCAGCCGUGGGAGGAGGUCAUGUGCUUUGUGAUGGAGGACGAGGCCUACAAGUACAUUACAGAAUCAGAUAGGAGAGAUGUUUACUGCAGGCAUCAGCAGGAAAUAGUUGAAAGGGCCAAAGAGGAUUUUCAGGAAAUGCUUUUCGAGCACGCUGAACUGUUCUAUGAUUUGGACCUGAAUGCAACUCCCAGCUGUGACAAGAUGACAGAGAUCCACAGCGUUCUGAAUGAGGAGCCCAGAUACAGAGCGCUGCAGAAACUGGCACCAGACCGAGAGUCGCUGCUGCUCAAACACAUCGGCUUUGUUUAUCACCCCACUAAAGAAACUUGUCUAAGUGGGCAGAACUGUGUGGAUCUGAAGGUGGAGCAGGUUUUAGCAAACAGGCUGGUGCAGCUUGACCAUGGACGCUCCAAUCUCUACUACAACAGUGCCAAUAUCGAUAAGAUCAACCUCUGCCUGCUGGGGAAGGAGGGUCUGUCGCAGGAACUGGCCAAUGAGAUCCGAGCUCAGUCCACAGACGACGAGUACACUCUGGAUGGAAAGAUAUACGAACUGGAGCUGCUUCCUGUGGAUGUAAACUCCACGCUGCUCUUUAGCCACACCUGGGUCACCACCUUCAAACCUCACGGCUGCUUUUGUGUGUUCAACUCCAUAGAGUCACUCAACUGCAUCGGCGACUGCAUCGGCCGGAUCAGAGCAGAGAUCGCACAGAGCCGGAGAGAGCGAUUCGCCCAGCCGCUGCCUUUCAUCCUCAUCCUGGCCAAUCAGAGAGACAGUGUUUGCAAAAACAUCCCCAUCCUGAGGCACCAGGGCCAACAGCUGGCAAACAAGCUGCAGUGCACCUUUGUCGACAUCCCCUCCGGGGCCUUUCCACGCAAAUUUACAGAGUUCCAGAUUAAGCAGGGGCUGCGAGCGGUGCUGGAGGGGCUGAAGCACAGCUUUGACGUGUUGGCGCCGCUGCCCUGCAUCAAAGACAUGUCGGAGACGGACCUCAGAAUAGUCAUGUGUGCCAUGUGCUGGGAUCCUUUCAGCGUGGACCUCAUCCUCUCACCUUUCCUGGACUCUCACUGCUGCAGCGCCGGGCAGCCGGGUCAGAGCAACACGCUGAUCCUGGACAAGAUCAUUGGAGACAGCCGGCGGAGGAUUCAGGUCACGGUCCUUUCAUACCACUCUGCCAUUGGUGUUCGCAAAGACGAGCUGGUACACGGCUACAUCCUGGUCUACUCGGCCAAACGCAAGGCUUCCAUGGCGACGCUGCGGGCGUUUCUGGCCGAAGUCCAGGACGUUAUCCCUGUGCAGAUGGUGGCGAUCACUGACAGCCAGGCGGACUUCUUCGAGAACGAUGCCAUCAAAGAGUUGAUGACAGAGGGGGAGCACAUCGCUACAGAGAUUGCCGCCAAGUUUACGGCGCUGUACUCACUGUCACAAUAUCAUCGGCAGACGGAGGUGUUCACGCCGUUCUUUAACGAAGUGCUGGACAAGAAGCCGGGCAUCGAGAGCUCCUUCUUGUUUGAUAGCUCGUCACGCGAGUGCACCACUGGAGCCAGCGAAGACGUCUUCCCCACCUCACCGCACAGCCAUUCCCCCGCCUACAACACCUACUACCCAGAGUCCGAUGACGACAAUGAGGCCCCCCCACCCUACAGUCCAAUCGGCGAUGACGUCCAACUGCUGCCGACACCCAGUGAGCGAGCCAAGUACCGCAUCGACCUAGAGGGCAAUGAGUAUCCGGUACACAGCACGCCUGUCGGAGACCAUGAACGCAACCACAAAGUGCCUCCACCUGUCCGGCCCAAACCUGUGCUCCCCAAACCCAAUGUCAAAAAGCUGGACCCCAACCUGCUCAAAACCAUCGAGGCUGGCAUGCGAAGCAACCGCAGGAUGCCUCGCAUGACGCACUCCGAAGACGUGGAGGCGUCAGACAACUAUGCAGACCCCGUGGACACUCUGCUCCGGUCCAGGGGCUUCCACAACGACGACAUUUACGCUGUGCCUGACGACGCUCACAGCCGCCUGGUCAAAAUACGAAACUCUUUUGGUGGGCUGCACAGCCUCCAUGGAGGAGGCGAGGAGGAGAACGGGUUCGAUCGCAAGUCUCAGGCUGGACGGCGGCCGUCCAAGUACAAACAUCGUUCUAAAAUCCUGUUCAGUAAGACCAAGGCCUACCAAAGACGAUUCCACUCUGACAGCGACGGCGAGGAGUCCGGCCCCGCCACGCAGAAAAAGAAAAAGGGAAGAGCCCACCGGGGCAGCGAAGAAGACCCGCUGCUGUCUCCUGCCGACCCCUGGAAGGGCGGCAUCGAUAAUCCUGCGAUCACCUCCGACCCCGAGCAGGAGGACAAGAAGAUGAAGAAGAAGAAGACGCCCAAGACGCCAAAGGAACCGAAGAAGCCGAAGUCCUCCAAACCCCCGAAGCCUCUGUACCCGCCAACCCGGAGAACCUGGGAGAGUAACUACUUUGGCGUUCCGCUGCAGAACCUGGUGACUGCGGACCGACCCAUCCCACUCUUCAUUGAGAAGUGUGUCGACUACAUCGAGCGCACAGGUUUGACCACUGAAGGUCUGUAUCGAGUCAGCGGGAACAAGACGGACCAGGACAACAUUCAGAAACUGUUUGAUCAAGAUCACAGCAUCGACUUCGUGGCCAUGGAUGUGGCCGUGAACGCUGCUGCCGGAGCUCUGAAGGCGUUUUUCGCUGACCUGCCCGACCCGCUGAUUCCCUACAGUCUGCACCCGGAGCUGGUGGAGGCGGCGAGUAAGAACCAAGCACAUUAAUAUCUCUGUUCACACAAAGUACAACAGAAAACAGUCUGCCUGAUACCUGCCGGUUCAGAACGAAGAGGUCCGAAACCUCAAGUUAGACUUUUGUCUGGUAGAGAAGUUGAUUUAUUCAAGUUACAGGAAUCAGGGAACUUAGAUAAAUGAAAUGAGUACACGGACACCACCCUGACCCUGUGUGCUAAAUGUUAGCUUAGCUUAGCAUACAGACAGUACAUGAGGUGAUCCACCCAGCAGCUACUAUGAAGCUCACUAAUAAACACAGAGGUGGUGAGAACUCUAAUGGUUCCUUCAGUUCUUGUGUUUUCACUGUAAAUCCAACAGCUUUAACUUUAACUCUGAGAUCAGAACCAACAACUACUGGACCUAACUCCAGUUUAAUGUAAGGAAGCAGAACAAUGGAGGUUUGUUCUGUUAGAACACAUCAGGGAUGUUAGUGAGUUAAUUAAACCAAUUAUAGACAUCUCAACGUUGAAGGCAACAGAUAGACAACAUACAGGUCCAAUAAUGAGAUGAUCUGUAGUACCUGGUUGUUCCACCAGGUGGAGCCUCUCUCUGGUUGAACCAAUCAGAGUGUUUCAGGUUUAAACCUGCUGCAGAGUUUUCUGUUCAACGUUUCUGCGCUUUAAGAGGCUUUCUGAGCUGCAGGAAGCUGUCAGAGGUUUUCUCUGUUCUGGUUCUGAACCAGCAGCUGACAGCAGAUUAAUGAGCCAAAAAUAAUCUGUUGAACCAGUUUUUACUCUGACGGAGGCAGACCGAGGUUCUGCUGUGGGUUCUUCUGGGAUAUGAGUCGAAUGUGAAGGAAAACAUUCACAGUCCCGAGUUUGUGUAUUUAGACUGUUGGUCCAACAGAACCCUUCAUCUGGGAAACUGUCAGACAUUUUUAUCAAAAACCAAAAACUAACAAACAUCACUGUGUAAAGAAUCCUCCAGCUGUGAGUGAAAUGCCACUUACAGUCAGUAGACGGCUGAUGAGUGCUAUACGCUGCGCUGAUGUUGUUCUGGUCGACACUAACGUGAUUCAAACACCACAUCCAGACUCCUGGACGGCCUCCUGACUCAGGACACAGCGAUGGACAUGAAGACGUUUAUGGUCACUUCUCUAAUGGUUGAUGCUUCUGUCUGUCCUCAGAGCUUCAUGCUUAAUUGAAGCUGCUGGGGUUCGUGUCAGACUCAUUUUGACUACAGAGGACUGAGCAGUGGUCCUGGCCUGCAGGAG